AUGGACAACAACUUCGAUUAAGAAUAAUUUUAGCUGUCAGAAAACCUAGAAAAUUAAUAAAACCUUCCCUCAUUAAGCUUAAACUUGGUAAGUAACUAACAUUCUGUUGAAGAUCAACCAGAUCAAAAGAUUUAGAUUUAACAAGAAUAACCUAUUUCGUAGCUUAAAACAUACCAGUCCUCGUUUUAAAAUGGUAUCUAAGCAGAUUAAAGGUCCAUUUUCGAUUUAUAACAAGGAAUUCUUUCACAAUCAAUAAAAAUAUCUGAGACUAAUGAAUGGUAAGAUGAUAGUGAAUAUGAUUUAAACCCUGUUUGUGGCAUUAAUUAGGAAUAAAAAGAUUCGCUUAAAUAAGAUUUGUAUGAAUAAAUACAAACUAGUAUCAAAAAAUUAUAAUAACUAUCUAAUUACCUGGAGGAAACUGACUCUUAACUCUUCCAUCCUACUGUUUAUGAAGUGAUCAGCCAAUAAGCUGAUAAAUUUAAUUAUCUAAUAUAAAAUCUAGAGCAAUAAAAAUAGCUUUUGAAUUAUGAUAAUUAUUAAAAUUGUUUAGAGAAGAUAUAUGAGUUUGAGGAAAAUGGUUUAAACUUAAGUUUUGAAUUAAUAAAAUUUAUGAACGAAAACAAGAAUACUAGUAACUAUCAAAAACAGAGCUGUGAGAACUUAGAUAAUACCAUAGAUUGUCAAAUAGAAAUGGUAAAUGAGCCUUUAUUACUGUAAAUCAAUAAUAAUAAUCAAAAUUAACUUUCAGAAGUGAUAAUAAAUUCAAAUCCUUUUAGAUAUACCUAAUCAGUCUAUUUUAUGAAUUCUGAAGAAUUUUGUUGUAAAGAUAUUAGAUCUGAUUAAUUAUAACUUCAAUUCGAUUCUCAAAAAGUAGACAUUUAAAAAUAAAACUCUUAAAAAAUACUUUAAUCUACCUAAUUUGCUAUGAAUUCAAAAAAGCUUGAUUUCAAGAAUAUUGAAUAAAAUAUAUAUAAUAGCCUUGGCUUAGAUCAAAAGAUUUUAAUUAUGAAAGACUGGCUUGAAUUCGCAUAAUAAAGCCAGCUUUCAUUAUUUUAAUUUUAAGAGUAAAUCAAAAAAUUUACUGAUUACUUCUACUUAGAUCAAUAAAUAAGCAAUUAUAUGGAAAAAGAAUCUUGCCAUAUUUAAUUAAAAUUUAUUGAAUCUAUUUAUGACUACGAAGAAGUAGAAUAAUAAGAAAUUUAGUAUGAAGUUAAUGAAAGCAUAAUCCUAAAAUAAUUUAGCUUUGAAGAAAAAUAAUUUGAUAUUGAAGAAAGUAUAAUUCUUUACUAAUUAACAUUUAAUAAAUGA